AUCUUGCUUAUUGCCAUGCUUGGUUGUAUCCUUGUUCCACUUACAUUAGCUGGUGGUCUUUCCGAGAAAUGGUCCCAAGGUUACAUUAUUGCACCAUUGGUUGUUGGUUUCUGCCUUGUACCUGUCUUUGUCUACUUUGAAGCCAAGUUCUCGAGAUACCCAUUGGCACCAUUCAAAUUGUUGAAAGACCGUGGAAUUUGGUCGGCUCUAUGCCUGGCUUUCCUGCUCAACUUCAUCUACUACAUGGUUGCCAACUACUUGUAUCCUGUCCUUAUUAUCGCUGUUGGCGAAUCUGUCACAUCGGCCACCCGUAUUACAUCAUUGUAUUCGUUUGUCUCCACCGUGUGGUCUCCAAUUUUCGCUGUGAUUGUUGCCUAUGUGAGACGUUUGAAGCCAUUUAUCAUAGUUGGUGUUUCCCUGUGGUUCUUAUCAACGGGCUUGCUCUACCACUUCAGAGGUGGUGAUGGUGCUGGUCCAGGUAUCAUCGGUGGUCUCUGUGUUUGGGGUAUUGGUGGUACUAUGUUCGCUUAUCCUAUCACGGUUUCUAUGCAAUCUGCAACAUCUCACGAAAACUUGGCCACUGUCGCUGCUCUUGCUUACACGAUGUAUAGAAUCGGUUCAGCAGUCGGUAACUCAGUCUCUGGUGCCGUCUGGACUCAGAUUCUUCCAGACCGUUUGGCCAGAAACCUUGGAAAUGCGACACUUGCUGCUGAAGUUUAUGCCGAUCCUUACACCUUUGCAGCAAACAAUGCCUGGGAAACUCCACAGAGACAAGCAGUCGUGGAAGCUUACAUCCAUAUCCAGAGACUAGAGACAGUGAUCGCUCUGUGUUUCUGCUCCCUAUUGAUUGUUUUCUCCCUGCUAUUGAGAAAUCCAAAGCUUACGGAUAAGGUUGCCAAUGAUGGAGAGUUGCUUGAAGGCCAGCUGAUUGUCAAGGAUGACGAGGAUCCAAUAGUCGAAUUCAUUAGAACCAAGAUUUUCAGAAAGCAACCAAGACUAAAGAAGUCAGUAGCAGUUUCAGAUGAAAGCACCGGUGAUCAAGACUUUGACUCCAAGAAGGAAGACGCAUAA